UCUCUCUCUCUCUGUUUCUGAUUCUCUUCACAUCAAAAUCUUUGUUUCUCUGCAACCAUGCUUUCGUUUCAUGGCUACCCAUUACUCAACACGGUUUGUCUUCCUCUUCUCUGGCCUAAAUUUUGGUUCUUUAUCGUCCAUUGACAUUGUUCAGCUUUAUUUCUCAUCUUUGAGUUCACACCUCAACUGGGUUUUCGUCAAUUUUGGUGUUGUUCCAAUGCAUUGAUGUAAAGGAUUUGAGAGUAGUUGGCAGAUAGCAAAAAGUUAAAUCCAUGUGUUGAACGGUUGAAAGCUUCUGUCUUUGUUCACAUAUUUGUUCUCAUCUUGAUUCUAAGCGAGUCAAAGUUCUCUUCUUUUCCUUUUUCAUCUCUGCUAAUUAUUUCUCUUCUCCUCUUUCUCAAUUCAGCUUCCAAAUCUCUUCUGCUGUGCUUCCUUUUGGUAAUGGACCUUUUUGUUCAAGAAGCUUUGUGGUUAUCUUUAUGCUAGAAAUUGUGUAGAUUCAGUUACUGAACCUUGAUCCUGUGAUUGGCCACCUCAUUCUUUUUCUUUUUUCAGACCCUCCUUUUCUUUGUAUCCCUUUUUCUUAUGUGAAGAAUUCUAGUCUAUUUGGUUGGCUGUGUUGUCUUCUUCAAUCUUUGAUUGUCAAAAUCUUACCUCAAUACUGGUUCUUAGAGUAGCUAUGGGAGGUAGGAACAUGAUUCAUGUCAUAGGCUUCAUAUUGUUGUCUGUUCUCCUCUCCUCGGAGACCUGCCUGGCUAGUGUUAGACAUUUUGGGAAACUUAGUCCGGGUUUUGAAGGGGCUCAGAUGCAUUGGAUUGAUAAUGAUGGGCUGUUUCUCUUGUCUAAUCAAUCUGAUUUUGCUUUUGGCUUUGUCACCACUCAAGAUGUCACUUUAUUCAUGCUUUGUGUUAUCCACAUGGAAAGCAGGACGAUAGUGUGGACUGCAAAUAGGGGUUCUCCAGUUUCUAAUUCUGAUAAGUUUGUGUUUGAUGAUAAGGGUAGUGUGUCGUUGCAAAAGGGGGGCAGUGUGGUCUGGUCUAUAGAUACUGGUGGCAAGACAGUUACUGCAAUGGAAUUGCAGGACUCGGGAAAUUUGCUUUUGCUUGGGGAUGACAACGGAGUAGUUUGGCAGAGUUUUAGUCAUCCAACUGAUACUCUAUUAUGGAACCAGGAGUUUCAAGAAGGAAUGAAACUUCAAAGUGAACCAAGCUCCAAUAAUGUAACCUAUGUUCUUGAAAUAAAGUCUGGCGACUUGAUUCUUUCUGCAGGUUACAAAACACCACAGCCUUAUUGGUCCAUGGGGAAGGAAAGCCGUAAAACAAUCAACAAAGAUGGUGGGGCAGUCACUUCAGCAUCUAUCAGUGCAAAUUCAUGGAAGUUCUAUGAUAGUUCCAAAGUGCUACUAUGGCAGUUUAUUUUCUCAUCCAAUGUUGAUGUAAAUGCCACAUGGAUUGCAGUUUUGGGAAAUGAUGGAGUUAUUUCAUUUUCCAAUCUGCAGAAUGGAGCUUCGAAUGGUCCUUCAACAACAAAAAUACCUGGCGACUCAUGCAGCACCCCUGAACCUUGUGAUUCAUAUUUUGAAUGUUUCAGCAACAACAAGUGCCAAUGCCCUUCAGGUCUUAGCUCCCGUGCCAAUUGCAAGUCGGGGAUUGUCACUUCAUGUUCAAAGGCUUCCACAAUGCUGACAAGUGCUGGUGAUGGGCUUUAUUAUUUUGCUCUGGGAUUCAUUUCACCCUCUUCAAGAACUGACUUGGAAGGUUGCAAGAGCUCUUGCCUUGCCAAUUGUUCAUGUAUGGCUAUGUUCUAUCAAAACAGUACAAGGAAUUGUUAUAUGUUUGAUAGGAUAGGUAGCUUCCAAAAUUCGGACCAGGGCUUUGUUUCUUAUGUUAAAGUGUUGAGUGAUGGAAGCAGUGGGGGCAGCGGAAGCAAGAAACAUUUCCCUUAUAUUGUGAUCAUUGCUGUUUCGACAAUAGUUGUUAUCUGUGGCUUACUCUUUGCAGGAUACCGAUACUACCAGAGGAAGAGAAAUGCACGAGAACCUUCUGAAGAUAAUUCAGAAGAGGAUAAUUUCUUGGAAAAUUUAACUGGGAUGCCAAUCCGUUUCAGUUACAAGGAUCUUCAAACUGCAACUAACAACUUCUCAAAGAAGCUUGGGCAAGGAGGUUUUGGCUCAGUUUACGAAGGGGUUCUCCCAGAUGGAACUCGACUUGCUGUGAAGAAAUUGGAAGGCAUUGGCCAGGGAAAGAAAGAGUUUCGAGCUGAAGUUAGCAUCAUUGGCAGCAUCCAUCAUCUGCACUUGGUCCGGCUCCGGGGUUUCUGUGCAGAAGGACACUAUCGACUUCUUGCUUACGAGUACAUGGCGAAUGGAUCCCUGGACAAAUGGAUUUUCAGGAAAAACAGUGAAGAUUUCCUAUUGGAUUGGGAGACAAGAUUCAACAUAGCAGUGGGUACUGCCAAAGGACUAGCUUAUCUCCAUGAAGAUUGUGACUCAAAGAUUAUUCACUGCGACAUAAAGCCUGAAAACGUGCUCCUCGACAACAAUUACAAUGCCAAAGUCUCAGAUUUUGGUCUGGCAAAGCUUAUGACCAGGGAGCAGAGCCAUGUCUUCACAACAAUGCGAGGAACUCGAGGGUACCUUGCUCCAGAGUGGAUCACAAACUAUGCUAUUUCAGAGAAAAGUGAUGUGUACAGCUAUGGAAUGCUGCUGCUGGAGAUCAUUGGUGGAAGAAAGAACUAUGACCCAUCAGAAACCUCUGAAAAAUCACAUUUUCCAUCGUAUGCCUUCAAGAUGCUGGAAGAAGGGAAACUCAAGGACAUCUUCGACUCCAAGGUGAGGAUAGAUGACGUGGACGAGAAGAUUUCUACUGCAGUUAUGGUAGCAUUAUGGUGUAUACAGGAAGACAUGACUUUGAGGCCAGCAAUGACUAAGGUUGUUCAAAUGCUUGAAGGCAUCUGCCCUGUUCAUCAGCCUCCAACUUCCUCAACAAUGGGGUCUCGCCUCUACACGAGUUUUUUCAAAUCAAUGAGUGAAGGGGGGACUUCCUCGGGUCCAUCGGACUGCAACAGCGAUGCAUACCUUUCUGCAGUGCGCCUUUCCGGGCCAAGAUAACAUUUGCUGAAUAUGGGAGUGACGGUUCUUGAGCAUUCAUGGAUGACAUAAGCUUAUUGUGUAUACAAAAUCUUCUUCUCCCAUGUAUCUUCUGUAUAUUUCUUUGAUCACUUAAAUUUUGUAACAUGUAGCCACUACUAUUUAAGCUCAGUCAUUCUGCUUGUUCUGUAAAUAAAGAGUGUCCAUUGUAGUUAAGUUUUGCAAAGUAGUGAGAUUUU